AUGGAAAAGAGACUAAGAGGGAAAGAAGAGGAGGUGCUGAUAAGGAGAAACUGGCAAGUGCAGGAAGAAUACGGUGUGCACAAUGCGUGGCUGAGUAACUUGGCCGAUGAAGACUGCUUUCUCAGAAUGAACAGCACUGUGCGCGAGGAAGGAGACAUGGUGAUUGCAGGGAUUUUCUCUCUUUUAACUUAUGUCUAUUUGUCUGAGAGCAGUGACAUUAAGCCCAGCAAGGAACCCAUGCUCUUAGAGCUUUUGCCCAACAUCUACCAGAAUGUUCUAACCUUUAUUUUUGCCAUUGAAGAGAUCAAUAGAAAUCCUCACCUUUUAUCCAACAUAUCUCUGGGAUAUGAAUUCCAUACUUUCAUGCCCAAUCAUUGGAGGAUGCUGGAGAGCUCCCUCAUCUUGCUCACAGGACAGGACGAUCUCCCCAAUUACACCUGUGUGAGGGAGAGCAAGCCCAUAGCUGUACUAACAGGAACAUCAUGGGCUAUGGCUGUUCAUGUAGGGACACUGCUGGGACUCUACAAAUUUCCACAGCUUACCUUUGGUGGCUUUGACCCUACGCUGAGUGAAAAUCCACAGUUCUCCUCUCUCUAUCAGAUGGCCCCAAAGGACACAUCUUUGGUUCUUGGCAUGGUUUCCUUGAUGCUUUACUUCAGGUGGACUUGGGUAGGGCUGGUUAUCACAGAAGGACAGAAAGGUAAUCUGUUUCUAUCAGAUGUGAAAGCUGAAAUGAACAGGAAUGAGAUCUGCGUGGCCUUUGUGCAAAUGAUCUCCAACGUUAUCCUGUCAGUAUUUUCUCACGCACAGCAACGUGACUUCCUGCACAAGGAGGGGUCACCAGUAAGUGUGGUGAUCAUUUACUAUGACACCGAGAGUACCAAUGACAUCAACUUCCAUAUUGGGCAAUAUGUAAUGACACACACUGUCUGGGUCACAAACUCACAGUGGCAUGCCGACAUGGCUGGGAGGAAUUUUCUACUUGAACCAUUCCGUGGCACUCUCAUUUUUUCACGGCAUCAUGAGGAGGUUUGUGGUUUCCAGAAUUUUAUUCAGGCAGUUAACCCUUCCACAUAUCCAGAUGACAAUUUCCUCACUCUGUUUUGGUACGAGCAUUUUCAGUGCUCGGUCUCUGAUUUUGAGUGUACUUUGGAGAACUGCAUACCUAAUGCCUCUCUGGCCUGGCUGCCUGUGAACCGUUUUGACAGGACCAUGAGUGAUGAUAGUUACCACACAUACAAUGCUGUGUAUGCUGUGGCCCACGCCCUCCAUGAGAUGCUUCUUCAGCGAGGCCAAACACAUCCAACGGGAAAUGGAGAAGGAACAGUGUUUUCUGCUAGGCAGCUUCACCUCUAUUUGAAGAAUCUUCAGUUUAUCAAUCCUGCUGGAGAUCUGGUGAAUUUGGAUGACAAAAGGAAAGUGGAUGCAGAGUAUGACAUUCUCAACUUUUGGAAUGUUCCAGAAGGCCUUCGACUUAAGGUCAAAGUUGGAUCAUUUUCUUCCCAUGUUUCACAUGAUCAAUUGUCUAUAUCUGAGGACUUGAUAGAGUGGGCCACAGGACAUACAGAGACUCCCCACUCUGUAUGCAGUGAGAGCUGUAAUCUGGGAUUUCGCAAGUCCUAUCAGGUGGGAAAGAUGGCCUGCUGUUUUGAUUGCACCCUGUGCCCGGAAAAUGAGAUCGCCAAUGACACAGCUAGUAUGGAGGAAUGCGUGAAGUGCCCGGAUCACCAGUACGCUGAUCUUCAUCGCAAACACUGCCUCCAAAAAUCGGUGACGUUUCUGGCUUAUGAAGAUGCAUUGGGGAAGGCUCUGGCUGGCACAGCCCUGAGCUUCACCACUCUCACAGCGGUUGUUCUUGGGCUCUUUGUGAAGCACCGCGACACUCCGAUCGUCAAGGCCAAUAACCGCAGUCUCAGUUACAUCUUGCUCCUCUCUCUGUCCUGCUGCUUCCUCUGCUCCUUGCUCUUCAUUGGCCAGCCCAGCACAGCCACCUGUGUCCUGCAGCAGACCACAUUUGGAAUUGUGUUUACCGUGGCAGUUUCCACGGUCUUGGCCAAAACCAUUACUGUGGUGCUGGCCUUUAAGGUCACUGGCCCAACCAGGAGGAUGAGGCAGUUGCUGGUGUCAGGGGCCCCUAACUGCAUCAUCCCCAUCUGCUCCCUGAUCCAACUCACUCUCUGUGGAGUCUGGAUGGGAACAAGUCCACCGUUCAUCGACACAGAUGCCUUCUCUGAACAUGGCUUCAUCAUCAUUGUGUGCAACAAGGGAUCCCUCACCGCCUUCUACUGUGUCCUGGGAUACCUGGGCUUUCUGGCCCUGGUGAGCUUCAGCGUGGCUUUCCUGGCCAGGAACCUGCCUGACACGUUCAAUGAAGCCAAGUUCCUGACCUUCAGCAUGCUGGUGUUCUGCAGCGUGUGGGUCACCUUCCUGCCCGUGUACCACAGCAGCAAGGGGAAGGCCAUGGUGGCCAUGGAGGUCUUCUCCAUCUUGGCCUCUAGUGCAGGGCUGCUGGGCUGCAUCUUUGCCCCUAAGUGUUACAUUAUUUUAUUUCAAAAUGAUAGAUAUUCUUUGCAAGGGAUCAAAGGGAAAACACGUUCUUGGAGAGGGUAG